CGCCGCAAGUCUUUUUUUCCCUCUAGUUUCAAGAUGGCGGCGCUAAGGUCUUCUCGGCGGGCAUUCGAGGUGUUCGUUGCCCGCGUACCUUGGACCGUGGCUGGAAAUGAACUAAGAGAAUAUUUUGCUCAGUUUGGCACUGUGAAAAAAUGCUACCUGCCAUUUGAUAAAGAAACAGGAUUCCACAAAAGUUAUUGCUGGGUUGGAUUUUCUACAGAAGAAGGUCUAAAAAAUACUUUGCAGAAAGACUCUCAUAUCCUAGAAGGAGUUAAGCUUGAUGUCAAAUAUCGGAAAAAUGACCUUUUUUCAAGCGAACGGUCAGACAGAAGAAUUGCUGACAUCAGUUAAAGGAAGGAGUCUUUAUUUCACUGUAAAGAAACUAAAAUAAACUUGGAUAUGUAUUCUCA